CAGAGCGUUUCCCUUCCGCCAUCAAUCAAAUCGGAUCUGAUCUGCAAUUCUUAAUUCUAAACUGAAACUUCCAGUCCCACUCUUUACCCAGCCCAGACUAUUUAUUUAUCACUAAUGGCCUUCUGAAACUGAUUGAUUCUCUCAAUUCUAUUUUUCUUCCUUCCUUGCCAUUCUUCUUAAAUAUUCAAAUUCAAAUGGCGUCCUCCGUUUCUCCAAGGCCUCGCACCGUCGAGGAGAUCUUCAAGGACUUCACCGCUCGUCGCUCUGCUCUCAUUCGCGCCCUCACCUACGAUGUCGAUGAAUUCUAUGCCCAAUGCGAUCCAGAGAAGGAGAAUUUGUGCUUUUACGGACACCCGGAUGAGACGUGGGAAGUGGGUUUGCCGGCGGAGGAAGUUCCGCCGGAGCUUCCCGAGCCGGCACUGGGCAUAAAUUUUGCAAGAGAUGGGAUGAAACGCAAAGACUGGCUUUCACUGGUGGCGGUGCACACCGAUUCUUGGUUGCUUUCUGUGGCUUUCUACUUCGGCGCUCGGCUUAAUCGCAACGAGAGGAAGCGUCUAUUUAGCUUGAUAAAUGAUCUGCCGACACUGUUUGAAGUUGUAACUGGAAGGAAGCCAGCGAAAGAUAAACCUAGUUUGGAUAGUGGAAGCAAGUCCAGAAACAGCGCAAAGAGAUCAAAUGAUAGACAAAUCAAGAGCAACACGAAGUUAGUCGAUGAAAGUUAUGGGGAUGAUGAAGAUGAACACAGUGACACUCUGUGUGGAAGCUGUGGGACAAAUUACAGCGCCGACGAGUUUUGGAUCGGCUGCGACAUCUGCGAGAGGUGGUUCCACGGAAAGUGUGUGAAGAUUACACCAGCCAAGGCCGAAAGUAUUAAGGAGUACAAAUGCCCUUACUGCAGCGCGAAGAGAGGCAGACAGUAGAGGAUAAUGACUUGAGACAGUUAACCUCCUCGUACCGGUCCAUGAUAUCAUUGUAAAUCAGUGAUAGUAAUCUAGGUUCAUUCUAUUUCAUUUUAUUUUUUAAAUAAUUAGUUCUUUUUUUUUUUUGGUAUGUAAUAUUCUACUUAUCCAUGACAUGCUUCCUCUGCACAAGUUGAAGAUGGUUCACAGUCGGGACGCAUUUUCCACUAUAUAUUGCUGUCUAACCACUCAGGAUGCCUUUUCCACUACAUGUUGCUUUCUAAUUUAAAUAUUUUCACGUUAAAGUUCGUUUCUUAAUUAAGGAACUGCUGUUGACAUUUCACAAUUAUAUUACUCCCCUAGAAAUUAGAUAUAUUUCGUGUUUGUUCCCUGUAUAAGGGCAUUGGAACUACGUAGGGGCUUCUAUAGUUGGGAUUU